AUGGUAUGUGGAAUAAGCAAGGAAAAGUUUACUCGGACUUCGCCGGCGACCCUUUCCUGCUAUGGUAUCUGUAAACGACAAUUUCAUAUGCCUUGCUGUAAUGUACCAGUUGAUGUUACAAAAUAUUUAGGUAAGAUUCCUGGUCUUGGUUGGUAUUGCGUUGAUUGUUAUGCAGCCCUAAAAUCAUGUAAUCCUGAGUUUGUCAAAAAUUUAGCUGAGGAAGGAGUAGGAAAUGUCAUAAAAGAGAUUUCAUCACUGGCAAAAAAACUAACUAAAGAUAUUGCCAAAAACCUAACAGAAUUAGUCUCAAAGAGAUUAGAAGACUUACAAGAAGAUCUAAGGAAGAAAAUAUCAAUGGCUGCUGUUCAAAAAAUUACUGAAAUUAACGUGAAUCGUAGUGUAUGCUCUAAUACUACUACAACCUCUGUAUCCAAUACCGGAAAUAAUAAUUUGUUCUCCACAAAACUUAAAAGCAGCUCUGCACUCAUAAUCAAGCCGAAAGAUUCCUCUCAAAAUAAUUCUGUCAACAAAGCAGAUAUUUUAAAUGCGAUGGAUCCGGUAGGCUCCAAUAUUCAGAUCUCCAGUGUUAAGAAUAUUAGAGAUGGGGGAUUAGUUAAUGCUCUUCUAAAUCUGGAGUUUCCAAAUUAA